GAAGGGGAAGGAAGAUGGCGGAGUCCGGCGGGGCCGAAGCCUUCGCCUCAGAGCGGCCGCCGACGCCCAGUAGCAGCUGCAGCAUGGCAGAUAAGAACAGCGCCUUGAAAUGCACUUUCUCUGCUCCUGGCCACAGCGCCACCCUCCUGCAGGGCCUGGCCUCGCUCCGCGCACAGGCGCAGUUACUCGAUGUCAUGCUGACCAUCAACAAUGAAGUAUUCCAGGUUCACAAAGUGGUUUUGGCUGCCUGCAGCGAUUAUUUCAGAGCGAUGUUCACUGGUGGCAUGAGAGAAGCCACCCAGGAUGUCAUUGAGUUGAAAGGCGUGACUGCCAAAGGCCUGAAGCAUAUCAUUGAGUUUGCUUACAGUGCUGAAGUGACCCUUGACCUCGACUGCAUCCAGGAUGUGCUCGGAGCCGCUGUCUUCCUGCAGAUGGUGCCUGUGGUAGAGCUUUGUGAAGAGUUCCUGAAGUCCGCCAUGAGUGUUGAGACGUGCCUCAAUAUUGGGCAAAUGGCCACCACAUUCAGCUUGGCCUCCUUGAAAGAGUCAGUGGAUGCUUUCACUUUCCGGCAUUUCCUGCAGAUUUCCGAGGAGGAAGACUUCCUUCACCUGCCUUUGGAACGCCUCGUCUUUUUCCUCCAGAGUAAUAAACUCAAGACUUGCAGCGAGAUCGACCUCUUUCGGGCUGCCAUCCGCUGGCUACAGUAUGACCAGUCACGCCGCAGGAACGCUAGCCAGGUUCUCUGCCAUAUCCGCUUCCCUCUUAUGAAAUCGUCAGAGCUGGUGGACAAUGUCCAGACGUUGGACAUCAUGGUGGAGGAUGUCUUGUGUCGGCAGUACCUCUUGGAAGCCUUCAACUACCAGAUCCUGCCUUUCCGGCAGCAUGAGAUGCAAUCGCCCCGAACCGUCAUUCGCUCAGAUGUCCUUUCCCUCAUCACCUUUGGCGGAACACCCUACACGGACAAUGACCGGACCGUGAGCAGAAAAGUUUAUUAUUUACCCGACAGCAGCAUGCGUCAAUUCAAGGAUCUGACGGAAAUGGAGGUGGGGAGCAGUCACACGUGUGUGGCUGUGCUGGAUAAUUUUGUUUAUGUGGUCGGGGGGCAACACCUGCAGUACCGGAGUGGCGAGGGGGCCGUUGACAUCUGCUACCGCUAUGACCCCCACUUGAACCAGUGGCUGCGUAUCCAGCCCAUGCAAGAGAGCAGGAUUCAGUUCCAACUGAACGUUUUGUAUGGGGUGGUCUAUGCCACAGGUGGCCGGAACCGGUCCGGGAGCUUGGCGUCUGUCGAGAAGUAUUGCCCCAAAAGUAACGAGUGGUCCUAUGUUUGCUCACUCAAGCGCCGGACGUGGGGUCACGCUGGGGCCACGGUUGGAGGCAAGUUGUAUAUAUCGGGUGGGUAUGGGAUAUCCGUGGAAGACAAAAAGGCUUUGCAUUGCUAUGAUCCGGCUGCUGACCAAUGGGAGUUCAAAACUCCGAUGAAUGAACCCCGUGUCCUACAUGCCAUGGUCAGCGCCAACAGCAGGAUCUAUGCCCUUGGAGGCCGCAUGGACCACGUAGACCGUUGCUUUGAUGUGUUGGCAGUAGAAUAUUACAUGCCUGAAACCAAUCAAUGGACGACGGUCAGCCCGAUGCGGGCAGGGCAGUCAGAGGCUGGCUGUUGCUUGCUGGAGAAGAAGAUCUACAUUGUGGGGGGUUACAACUGGCACCUUAACAAUGUCACUAGCAUUGUCCAGGUGUACAACACUGAGACAGAUGAGUGGGAGCGGGACCUUCAUUUCCCGGAAUCUUUUGCUGGCAUUGCUUGUGCGCCCGUGAUUCUGCCGCAGACCACAGCCCGGAGGUGACCAAGACUUUCCGAGACAUUGCACGUCAUUGAGAUGUAGAUGCUUCCCUUCUGUUGCUUUGCAAAAUAAAGUCCAUUUGAGGCAGACUGACCAAGCCCAACUGCGUUCUAGCGGCACGUUCCGUCUGCGCUGAGAUAGGAGACCUUCCUAAGGAAGACUGACAUGAGGAUAGGGGAGGGAUAGCGCUCUCCAUCAAUCCUCUGCCUUCGUCCCGUCUCUUGCAGAUGCUUACAAAAGAAAGAGCUGCUUUUUGUAAAUGAGAAAUCGUUUAGACGCACCUUAAAGCAUUGUUACCUAUAAGCCCCGGCAGCUGACUUCAAACUGGGAAGCCCAGGCUUUCACCAGCGCCAUCAGAAGAAGGGGGCAGGGUGGGAUGGUUAGGAGAUGAGGAGAUGUGUGAUUUCUUGGUUUGGCUUUUUUUGUGAUAAGCACAUUUAUGUGCAGUGUGGCUUCCAGAGGGAGGGGUGCACGGUACCUCCCUGACUCAAUUGUAAUGGAGCCACAGACAGCAAAAGGCCACUCCAAGGGCCUUUACUGUUGCCCAUGAUUUCACAAACAGCUUCAGCACUCUUCGCAGCACUCCAGCUUGGGCACACCUUCAGCAUUCCGAUGCCAGGUUCCAACCCGUACUUCUUGGGGUGUCCCUGUCCCCCCUCCCCUUGAGCUCCUGGUGGUGCGUCACCUGCCGUUGCUGGGCAGGCCAGUGGCUGGCUGCCUUGUGAUUGCCUCCACUCACCACCCCUGUGGUCCAUGCCCUUGCAGGGCUCUCUGCCUUGGCUGGCUUUCCUCUCUC